CUUACUUCUUCUUUCCUCUCAGAGGCUCAGAAUCCGGCAGUGGAGAAUCCAGAUCAACACCCUCCUGCCAUCCGUCAGCCCAAGGACAGCAUGAAGAGACCACCUCCCAUGUCCCCUGCCUCUGGACCCAUGAAGGCGUGAUGACCCAGGCAGCCCCACUGCUACUGCUGCUGCCUUUGCUGUUAAUGGGCAUCUGGGGGUGGAGGAGGUUAGGGAAAGGUUCACAGGGAGAGGUGUUGCCAGUGAAGUACCAGGAGGGGCAGACACUUAGAGUGAGCUGCAUUUACCAUCCCUGGACAGCUGAGAAGAGCUGGAAAACCUGGUGUAAAUUGGAAGAGAAUGGAAGGUGGUGUGAAAGAAUAAUUACCAGGAACUCAGUGGACACUGCACAACUUACAGACCUACGAGUCUCCCUGGUGGAUGACACCUACACUGGUACCAUCACCAUCACCAUGUCUAACCUCAGGGUGAAGGACUCAGGCAUCUAUUGGUGUGGAAUCUAUGACUCUGUCAGGUCAGGAACUCUGUUGAUGUUCUCGGGACAAUCAGGCUGGAGGUUUCUCCAGCCACAACAUCGAAGACCAACAAACAUUCUCAAACUACCACUGACUCACCUCUCACCACCUCUGCCAUGCCUUUGGCCACCAGCAGGCCAUCACACUCUUCUACUUUCUCCAGUUCCCCAGUUAUCCAAGUACUAUGUGGACUCAUUGUGACCAAAGGCCUAGUCUUCAUAGCUCUGCUUGUUCUGUUCAGUAGGUAAAGGAAGGAGUCACUCUGAACUUUCUCAGGAUCAAAAUGACCUGAAAUGAAAUGAAUUCAUUGCAAUAUACAUCCCAACCUGAUGCAUGUUCCUGCCAUCCUGAACUUGGCCCAGGCCACUGGCAAUAUGCAGACAUCCCUUUCAGGACAGGAAUCCAGCCACCAUACUCAUGCUGAUUCCCUGCCCAGAUCCUUGAAGCCUUUUGCUUGCCCUUUCAGCUCUGAGUGGACCUCAGAGCCCACCUCUUUUUUACUUUUAUGAUGACAAGCUCCCCAUGUCUGUUUCUGGCAUUCUUAUGGCUCUGUAAAUGGGCCAGUCUGUUUCUCUGAGACUUAGAAUGACUCCUCAUUGCCUUUGAAAUGAAGUUCAAAAUCCAAGUACUCAAACCUUUCAUGGUGUGGCCCUCAAAUAUUGAUCCAAUCUUCCUUCUCACUAUUUCCCUGCAGAGACUCUCCACUACGGCCAGGUUGGGCUCUUCAUGUUCUCUAGAACAUCAUAUAAAACUCAAGUAUCAUUGGGGGCCACUAACCUGUGCAUAAGGAUCUCUGUGUGCUACAUUUUGACUUAUAAAAAUCAUUCAUUAAUAUUA